CUUUCAUGUAAACACUUUUAGGUUACGGCAAAAGCGACCCUGGUGGUUCCUUUUUGCUGCAACGCUCCACAUUGUCAUUAUGGGGAUUGACAUCAACCAUAAACAUGACCGCAAGGUCCGUCGUACGGAGCCUAGAUCUCAGGAUAUCUAUUUACGUCUUCAAGUGAAGCUGUACCGUUUCUUGGCUCGACGUACAGGAUCGAAAUUCAACAAGAUUAUUCUCAAGCGCCUGUUUAUGAGCAGAAUAAACCAGCCUCCAAUUUCACUGGCCCGUAUUGUGCGAUUUAUGAAGAAGCCUAAUCGCGAAAACUGCAUUGCAGUCAUCGUUGGCACCGUCACUGAUGACUCAAGAAUCUUCGAGUGUCCAAAAUUGACGGUAUGCGCGCUCCGAGUCACUGACAAGGCACGUGGACGUAUCAUCAAAGCUGGAGGUGAAGUAAUAACUUUUGAUGAAUUGGCAUUGAGAUCACCCACUGGAAGUAAAACUGUUCUUAUGCAAGGACGUCGUAAUGCCAGGGAAGCUGUGAAACACUUUGGGCCAGCUCCUGGUGUUCCACACUCGCAUGCAAAACCAUUAGUACGUUCUAAGGGCAGGAAAUUUGAAAGAGCCCGUGGACGUCGGUUCAGUUGCGGAUACAAAAAAUAAACAUUAUUUUAUAAAUUUGUUUAUAAAAUAUUUUAUUUACGUUAAAUAAAUAAUGUUUAUCCUA